AUGGCCAGAGCCAGCAAGGCCAAACGAGAUGCUGCAGCGCGCGCCCAUGCCGGAAAAAACAACGCAAUGCGGUUAUUGAGUCCAAGCGACGGCUCGGAAAGUGAUCAGGACCUACAGGGACCUAUGCCGAUCAACACUUCCGACACAAUCAGCGAAGUCUUUGAUGUGGAGCUCGAGUCGGACGAUCCCGACAGCCCCAUAGCGGGUGAGUCAACCACGGCGGCGCCAGUAGAUGAGUGGGAGAUGGACUCGGACUUGGACUCGGACUCUGAGAUUGAGGAGCUCACAGGCGAGGAGCUCUUGCGAAGUCUGGAGGAUAAGGUGGAGCAAGAGGUGACACACAUUGUGCGCGUCUGCACGAACUCGUUGUACGGGCAGAUCUCCGCAGUGCAGAUGUCGGCAAAGGAAUGGAAAAAGCCUGGCGGGCCAGAGCAACAGAGAAUGGGCGUGAACACAGGGCAUGCACCCCGCACACUUUGCAAACAACGUCAGAAGAAGGCAAAGAAGGAUAAGGAGGCAUUGGAGAUAAGCAAAACGUACGCACUGCACUCAAUUGCACAACAAAACACAUCUCAUGUUGUCCACAGCCUGCAAGCAAAGAACUUCGUGGCAUUCUUCAAGCCAAAAGCCACCUCGGCACCUAUGAUGGAUCCCAAUACCUCCAUCCCAACCUCUGAGACCCCACCUGCGCCCUCCCCUGCCAUUCCCACUUCCCAAACUGAAUGGAAACCGCUGUCUGCUGCGGACUGGAUCCGCCUGACGGGGAAACCUCGUCCCAAACAGCUCGCGGACGCUGGUCCCACAUCAUUGUUGCCGGUCCAGAUGUGGUCGACGGCCUCCCCUUCAAGUGUCGGCGAUGUGUUGGACAAGGAUUUCGAUGGCUAUGCAUCGGAUCUUGCAGAAGACACGGAAGACCUGUUCUCUGACGAUGAGAACGUGGACAUGUGGUACAACAACAACUUGUUCAACGGGGCACCUGCAAGCACACAUCAAGCAAUAGACUCUCCCUUGGCGGACGCUCCUGCUGCUUUGAACUCUCCCGCUCCCAUUGAUUCAAACUCCCCCGCUCCGUUGUCCCAGCCACCUCCAGCAAAACGUCGUCGGCUUCUUGUUCCUGUUUGA